AUGAGAAUUUUUUUAAUUUCUUUCAUUUUCUUAAGUGCUAUUUUUCAAAUAUGUUGUUUUCCUGAUGGUCGUCCCGAGGGCCGUGGUGGACAAGAGUCAGUGCAAGUAAAAGAGAAAUUAUACUUUAUGGGAGGAUCUCGUCUAGUCCCAUUCUCAAAUCCGAAAAAAUAUAACUUAUCAGAUGAAGUGUUUUAUUUAGACCUUUCAUCACAAUUCGAUAUUGAAAAUCCUCCAUUUAUAGAUCUUACCAAUGGUACUUCACGAAUGUUUUAUGGAAACGAAAAAGGUACUGCGAUACUCGGGGGAUCUGAUCAAUCUACAAUAUACUUGAUCGGUGGAACACAAGUAAAUUUAACAACCAUAAAUUGGAACUUAUCAACUCAAUUAAUAAAUUGGAAUGCUACGGAUCAAUUUAUUUAUAUUUAUAAAACUGUGCCCAAAGUUUGGACAAAACUUGGGCAAGGAGUUAAAGGAAUUCAACCUUCAAGACGUAGGUCAACUUCAACAGUGAUAAAGCCUAAUGGAACGAUAUAUAUAUUUGGUGGAAGGGUAGAACUGGAUAUGGCGUCAAACACCCUUAUAUUAUAUAAUGAUUUAUAUCAAUUUGAUACAAUCUUAUUAUCUUGGAAUCCAAUAAUAGCACCAAAUAAACCUUCACCCCGAAGCCAUAGCGCUGCAAUAUUGCUUCCGAAUGGAAAAAUUAUUUAUAUUGGAGGUGUCUCUCAGGAUGCUCCUGGAAGUCAAACUAAUUUAAUCAACAUGACGGAGACUGCAAUCUCUUCAAUUUCAAUUCAACCUCGAGUCGGUCAUACAGCAGUAUUAACACCAGAUAAUAGUUCAAUUAUAAUAAUGGGUGGAACUUCAAGUUAUGAAUUAAAUCAAACAACCGUUUAUCCAAGUUUUUUAAAAUUAGAUAUUCAAUCAGAACCUUUUCAAUAUUCUGAAUUAAAUACUUCUGGAAUAAAUAAACCACCUCCAUUAUCUUUUCAUAGAAAUAUAACAAAUGACAUAACUGAUUCAAAUGAAACCAGUUCAAACGUCUAUUUAUUAUACAUUCCGUGCUUAACUUGGGAAUCUACUUUCAUUCCUGGUAGAUCUGACUGUCAGAAUAACAGUGCAGGAAAUGGAAGUAAUCAUGGAAACGAAAAUAAUCUUAAAACGAUUAUCGGUUGCUCUAUCACUGCUUUCGUAUUUUGCUCAUUUAUUGUUACUGCAAUAGUAUUAUGUAUAUUACAUAAAAAUGGGAAGUUUAAAGAUAAAAAUUUGGGUUGUUUUAAGAUUGGCCGUAGUGGAAUUGUAAAAAAUAACGAGCAACUUGAACAACUCGAAUAA